CCGUGCGGGGCCUUUAGCGGCGGUGCCGCUGUCGGGUCCGGCCCCAGCCCGGCUCCCCGGUCAGGGCCGUGCGGGCGGCUGGGUUCGGAUGCGCUCGGUGGCACCUGCCCCGGGAGCGGGGCACGGACCCUGCCGAUCAGUCUCACACCCGCUGGUUUCCUCCCGUGCCUGGAGGCAGCACGGUGAAGCUGUCCGGGGUGGAGAUGACAAUCCCAGAACUGUCAGGGUUGGAACGCGUGAGUCUCUGGAGAUCGCCCUAUCCAACCCCCCUGCCAUGGCAGGGUCACCUGGGGAAGGUGAUACAGGAAUGUGUCCAGGUGGCUUUGGAAUUACUCCGGAGAGGGAGACAUCCCUGGGCACUAGGGCACAGCGCUCUGCUAUCCUCCCUGUAAAAAAGUUUUUGCUUAUGGCGAGGGCAGACUUCUUGUCUCCUGUCACUGUGCACCACUGCAGAGAGUCUGACACCACCCCCUUGACGCCCACCUGAAUGAUAUUUAUAUGGAUUGAUGAGAGUCCCUGUCAGCCUCCUCUUCUUCAGAUUAAACAGGACAAACUCACACAGCCUCUCACUCUCCUCCUAUGAGAGAUGAACUCAAGUCACUUAAUGAUGUCUUCCUCUGGACCUUCUCCACCAGUACCUUUUCUUUCUUGUACUGAGAUGUCUAGUUGGGGCUGAUUUAAAAAUAAAAGACAAACCUCUGACAUCCUGACACACACUUAAUGCUGUGGCUGUGCCAGGAAUCAACUAUGAAAUUCCUUCUGACCCCAGCAGGUGGAUUUCCUUUCCCCCCAGCUUUGCAGAACGUGGCUUGGCAGCAAUGCCAGCCUACACGCUGGCCCUGUCUGCAUACCCUGCUCCACUGGUGUUCAUUUUCCUGCUGCUUGUGGGGAGGGUUGGGCUGUCCCCUCUGUUGGCUGCCAGCUGCCUCCUCAGCUCUGAUCCCUGUUCCUCCCACCAAAUCCUUAAAUUUAAUCCCAAACCAAACAAGAAGGGGACAGAAAAGAGGAAGAUAACAUGCAUUCUGCAUUUUAACAUACAGUGACUUCCAUGGGUUUGUUUUGGGAUUUUCAUUGUUACCACAUAGAAAAUCUGCAGCUGUUUUUGUUUGGAAUCAUCAUACUCUAUUCAAUCUGUGCAGACUUGUGCUUGUCUGCCCCUCAAUUCAUUUAGACAGACACGAAGGAGGGGCUGAUAUUCCUUGCGACUGCAUGGCACUCUCAUUGCCCUGCUGUAGAGAUACUUUUUGGGGUUUUUUUAAGAGUUGACAACCCAGAGCUGCCCAAAUUCUCAGCUUGCAAUAAUGACCACACAUGCAUGGGGAGUGAGGGCAGUUAAGAUACUGCCCAUGGUGCCACCUCCAGGACAUGAACUGGGGUCUCUCCUGCCUUAUGUCCAGGUAUCUCUCCAAACAGCCACAUUAGUUUCGUGGUCCAGGCAGAGGCUGAAGGAACAACAUCCCCACUUCUGCAGUAGCUGGAGCACAGAGCUCGGUCAGAGAGAGGCUCUAGCCAGGCAGCACAUUGUCAGGUGGAAGAGGAGACCCACACAGGCCGAGGGAGAGGUUUACGGGCUUUUCUGUCCUACCAGCCAUGGAUAGGAGGCAGAAGCAAGCAGAGAAGGUACAGUAUGCCCAAGCUGCUGUGACCAACACCUUUCUUUUCCUCCUAGUCCUGCUCUUCUUUUAUGUUUCAGUAAUUCCUCCUCUUGUUUUUCUCAUUCCUUCUCCAAAACUCAGUCUCACAGCUCUUCCCAGGUCCCACAAAGACCCAACUGCCCUAAAACACGGCAGUUUAUGGGGGGGCUUUGUCAUCUUAUAGAUUUAGCUUUCUUCUCUGUGCUUAACUGCUGGGUGGAGGUAUGGGGACAGCUAUUUUCUCACUGCUUUGGAAGUCAAAGGGAAUGUUCUCCAUGGCUUUGCAUUCUCAGUACACUGACAAUGCAAAGUCCAGAGUCCUGCAGGAGUGUCUGAUUCAGUAAAUCCAUGGAGAGGGAGGUGCAGAGGGAACUGGAAACCUUGAGAGUACUAUUGAAGCAUCUUCAAGCUGAAGAAUGUCCAACCCCGUUCAUCCAAAAGGAUGUUGUUAUUCUUUUUGGGGAAAACUGGUGAGUUGAUUUCCUGAUGAUCAUUUGGGUUUGCUCCGUUAUAUUUCUCCAGCCAGGGAAGUGGUUGGUGCCUUCUAAGGCUUCUGCUCCCACAUGACCCUGUUGGAUGGCAGGAGCCUUUUGGCAUCACCCACUGUUUCCUGAAUAGACAGAGAAGAGGCAUUUGAAUCCUGCCCCAAACUUAGCUAAAUUCUGCCUGCUCAAAGCCAAAAGGGUAGUUUGGUUUGGCACAAGGGUUCUGAUUUUUAGCCUUACACUUCUGUAAGAAAUAAGGAAAGUUUCUGAUAGUACGUAAGAUUAUUUUUUUCACAACUUUCUUCCCACUUACCAUGGGAUGGAAGGGUUUGACUUUGUUCAUCACAUGGAGACUCUCAGCUGGAAGGUGUCCAGAGAGUGGGGAGAUGUGUCCUCAUCCCAGCAGCAUAUUCUCUGAGGAGCUGAGGAUAGGUAUCUUGGGAGAUGGAGUUUCUCUUCCACAGCUUUCCUGGACGUCCUGCACCCUCUCCAGCACACAACUGUGCUCUACUCCCAGGCUGGGACACCCGUGUGCCCACAGAGAGGCUGGGAUGGGGGACUCCUAGCUCCAGGUUCUUUGUUACCUCAGGGGAAGUUUUGUCUCGAAGUUUGCUCUGUGCUUUGCAGGCCAGGCCCUGUGGCCUGCUGAAGCAGACAGCUCUAAACAAGAUCCCGGGCAGAUUCCGGCUCCAUCAGGAAGCGCUGCCCCACCUGCCCGUGCCACCACUCCAGCAGACCCUGGAUCGGUACCUGCUGGCCCUGCAGCCCAUCAUCAGCCCCGAGGAGCUGAGCCACACACAGGAGCUGGUGGCUGAGUUCCGCAAGCCAGGAGGUGUCGGGGAGAGGCUGCAGAAAGGCCUGGAGAGAAGAGCCAAGAAAACAGAGAACUGGCUCUCAGACUGGUGGCUGAAGACAGCUUACCUGGAAUAUCGCCUGCCAGUUGUGGUCCACUCCAGCCCAGGUGUGGUUUUACCUAAACAGGAUUUUCUGGAUCGACAAGGUCAGCUCAGGUUUGCUGCCAAGCUGAUCGAGGGUAUCCUGGAUUUCAAGACCAUGAUUGACAAUGAGAGCCUUCCAGUGGAGUAUAUGGGUGGGAAGCCCCUCUGUAUGAACCAGUACUACCAGAUCCUCUCAUCCUGCCGCAUUCCUGGGCCCAAGCGGGACUCCAUUGUCAACUACGCCAAAGGCAAAAAGCAGUCCAGACACAUCACAGUCGUUCACAACUUCCAGUUCUUUGAACUGGAUGUUUACAACAGUGAUGGAUCUCCCCUUACUGCUGACCAGCUCUUCAUUCAGCUGGAGAAGAUUUGGAACACCUCCCUCCAAACAAACAAAGAACCUAUUGGGAUCCUUACCACCAACCACCGAAAUAGCUGGGCAAAAGCCUACAACAACCUCCUGAAAGAUAAAACCAACAAGGAAUCCGUGCGUGCCAUUGAGAAGAGCAUCUGCACCGUGUGCCUGGAUGCCCCCAUGCCCCGGGUGUCCGAGGACAUCUACAAGAGCCGCGUGGCCGCGCAGAUGCUGCACGGCGGCGGCAGCCGCUUGAACAGCGGCAACCGAUGGUUCGACAAAACUCUGCAGUUCAUCAUUGCUGAAGAUGGCUCCUGUGGUCUUGUCUAUGAGCACGCUCCCUCUGAAGGCCCACCCAUCGUUGCUCUUCUGGAUCACAUUGUGGAGUUCACGAAGAAACCCGAGGUGGGCAAAUCAUCCACGAUUCCUCUGCCAAUGCCCAAAAAGCUGCGGUUUAACAUCACCCCAGAAAUCAAGAAUGACAUAGAGGAGGCAAAGCAAAACCUCAACAUAAUGGUCGAAGAUCUGGAUAUCAAAGUCAUGGUCUUUCAUCAAUUUGGAAAAAGCUUCCCCAAAUCAGAAAAGAUAAGCCCUGAUGCUUUUAUCCAGCUGGCCUUGCAGCUGGCAUACUACAGGAUGUAUGGCCACUCCUGUGCCACGUACGAGAGCGCGUCCCUGAGGAUGUUCCGCCUGGGCCGCACCGACACCAUCCGCUCCACCUCUGUGGCCUCUCUCAAGUUUGUGCAAUCCAUGGACAGCCCUGACAAAUCGGACCAGGAGAAAGCAGACCUGCUGAGGAGAGCCACACAGGCCCACAGGGAAUACACAGACAUGGCCAUACGGGGCAAUGCAAUAGACCGGCACCUCUUGGGGCUGAAGCUCCAGGCAAUCGAGGACCUGGUGAGCAUUCCUGAGCUCUUCAUGGACACAGCCUAUGCUGUUGCAAUGCACUUCAAUCUCUCAACCAGCCAGGUCCCAGCCAAGACAGAUUGUGUGAUGUGUUUUGGUCCCGUGGUUCCAGAUGGCUAUGGAGUCUGUUACAACCCUAUGGAGGAACACAUCAACUUUGCAAUUUCAGCCUUCAAUAGCUGUGCUGACACAAACGCAGCCCGCAUGGCACAUUAUCUUGAGAAAGCACUGCUAGACAUGAGGAUCUUGCUCCAGGCUGCUCCCAAAUCCAAACUGUAAGAGGAAAAUCCCCCCAGUUAAACAGGCUAUCCCUGAUGCAUUGAAGCUCCCAAUUCCUCAGAAAACGAUUCAGAGAACAGCUUGCCCUGGAACCUAUGAAGAUGCCUACCAUUUGUUUUCAGCAAGACGUUACAGAAGAGCCACCUGCAGCUAUCAGAUUCUGUAGUGAAAGGAAACACUGUCUCAAACCAAAGUAGAGCUGACAGGGCUUCUCCCAUCAAUGCAAAAUGCACCUUCCUGUCCUCAAAGAGGACUCAAAAUAUUAUUUUCAUGAAAAUUACUGUAAGGGAAUACAGAAAGCAGUCCCUACCAGUAUCUAAAUCCCUUUGGUGAGGAAGGUGGUUCUUGUCCAUGAAAAACAGGGAAUGCUUCUUGUAUGAUAGAACUACUGUAAGACCAAGUCUUUUUCCUGGUUUCAUCUUCUGAAGAGCAUCUUCCAGUCCUGACUGAAGGUUUUUCUACUGCUGCAGCAAAACUUCAUCAUUCAACUUCAGCAACAGGAAAAGGAAGUCAAGCCAGAGCAGAUGCAGUCUUGUUAAGAGUACUGCACUACUUAUCCCAGACACUCCAGUACAGACUUUACAGGAAUGUUCCCUUCCCCUUGUGCAGGAUACUGGAAUCUCCUUCCUCCUACACUGACCCUCUUAACAACAGAACGUGACUCUAAGGUGAUUUUUACUGUUUCAGAUUUUUUUGUUGUUGUUGUUCUUGCUCUGGGCCUUUUGGCAAGCUUCCUGCCAUGGUCCUACCAUUGAUCUUCCAGCUCAGCCUAAAGCUUUUUCCUCAAAGCUUCUACAAAACUCUCCUCAUGUAAUUUUUUUCCAGCUUUGGCUUUAUGUACCUUCACAGCUGCAGAGACGAGAAGGGAUUUGCUAUGCAUUUAGCAGGACCCUUGCUCUGUUGUACCUUUCUUUGGAGCUGAGGAAAAGAAAAAGUUGCUGACUGUUUACUAACAAGCCACGUGCCUGAUGUCCUUCAGGCACACACAUUAACCCAAUGUGGUUUUUGCACCUUGCUUUCAGAAACAGCAGUUUUGUGCACAAUGUUAUGCCUGACCUGUGGACAAAUAAGGAUUAUUUCUGAUUAGAAACUACAGGACAUACUUCCAUUCCUGGCCCACAGAGUUCAAAUCUGUUAAAGGCCAAAGGAAAAACAGCUGCAGAAACCCUUCUUUCACAUCACUCUGCUGUAACAAGGCAGAAUACCUUGAAAAACAGGAAGAAAGCAGGGUAUACAUGGACCUGUAGGGUUUUUUUCUGCACUGUGACAGCCCCUGUUCCUGCAGUAAUAGCACAGCACCUUUUUCUGCCACUCUGGGGAGUUAUUUCUUACUGAAAUAUUACUCCAAAUUGUGUCAGCUUUAUUCUGUGACAGGAUGAUCUCAUACGAUACUGUUUUUAUGUUCAGUUGACAAACUUGAGACAGUAAAAGUUUAUAUAUAAACAUUAACAUACAAUGGUAGCAUAGGAAUUGCUUCCAAACAAUCUGUCAGAACCCAAGCUCCUGACUACACUUUUAUUUAGUAAAACCAUAUAGUAAUGAAGAAUUCUAGUGCUAUUUCUGCAGUAGGAAUUCCAUAUUUAAAUUGCACACCCUUCAAGAUGUGUCUGCUGGGAUGUCACCAGAAACAAGAAGUAUUAGGAGUGUGAUGGCCUGUUUUGUUAACAGGGAAAUAAUUGCAAGAGACAUGAUCAAAGUGCCUUGAUGAACAUGUAUGAAGAAAUUUGCACUAAAGCUUUUUAAAGUAAAAGAAGAAAAAAAAAUAAUUCUGAUUUGCUUCUCAAAAGAUACAAGCCAAUCUUUUGGCAUUUUUUUCCUGAAAGGAUGUUAUUUCAAAGCUUCUAUCUUAUACCUAAUAACAAACCUUAAAAGAGGAAAAUUUAAUUGAAACUCACCUGCACAGCCAGUGAUUGUAUUGAACUUGAUUGAACUGCCACUUUCACAUCAUCUACAUGGAUUUAGUUGGUCUUUUAGAAAAUCCUGAAUGGAGUGAGACAGCCUAAACACAGGAAUAGGAGCACUACAGACCUGCAAGCAGAAACCCCUGCUCUGGUGACUCCUCAGUAUCAAUCAGACUGAAAACUGGAAGAGGAUACUCAGUAUUAUCAAACUAAGUCAUUGUGUAAAUACUACAGAAAAGAACAAACCAUACUGGAAUAACAUCUGGAUUUAUGGAUCCUUUUACAUGGAAAAAUAUAUUCCUUUUGCCCAAGUAAUCCUCCCCCCAUACUGAAUCAGCUUCUGUUGCCAGGGGAUGAAUUAUUUUUCCAUGUCUGCAAUGCUUUCAAGCACAAGAAGUGCCACUGAAGUAUUUGAGACUGGCCCUUUUCCACUUCUGUCUCAAAAGGAAGGCUCUCAAGCAAAGUGCCUAUUAAAGACUAAGCAUGAGCAUGUGCUGCUGAAGACUGUACUGCAGAAGAUGGGAUUGAUUUAUUCUGGAUCUAAAUCUGGGUAUCCCACUAGCUUCAGCUGUGGGAUACUGUACUAGAGUACAGCUGCAGGGAGUAGACAAAGAGAUACAAGAUUCAUAAACCACCUAAUGCAGCCUUACUGAUACACAGAGCUGAAAUUCAGAUGAAUGAGGCUGAUUUUUAAAGUGCUUGAAAGGACACUAAAUCAUUACAAGGUUUUUCCUUUUUAAAGUCUUUUCUUAUGGUUCAAGUUCUAAAGUGUGAUGUCCUUCUGGUUUGUAUCUUCUAGAUUUUUUCAGUGUUGACUUACUGAAUACUGUUCUCCCUGUUUCUGAUUGUUUUGUCAAGAUAUGUCCAUUGUUUUAAAGGCACAUUAAGUAGAAGAAACUAAAGCUCCAGAAAAAAAAAAAUGACCGAUUUGGAACAAAUUAUUUCAGAAAUUCACAGACUGAAAAUAUUCAGAUAACUCUUGGGCUAUGAGUGCAAUCUUGGACACAGCCUGGUAGUGUUGCAUGUUUUGCUGGUUAGCUGUGUUAAAUACUGUUAGGUAGUAGGAUCCAUGUCAUGCAAAGUUUGGAAAUGUUUGUUGAAUAAACUGGGACACAAUAAAAAGAUAAAUGCUA